GCCAGCCCUGCCUGUGCCGGGGUCGCCGCAGUCCCCGCGGCUCGCCCGGGGCUCCCUGGCCAGGCGCCCCAGCCUUAUCGCAACCUGGGAGCACUCCUAGGUGAGGGUGUGGGUGCUGACCCACCAGAAGCCGAAGCAAGGAACCUCGGGGCAUCCCGGUUCUGCGUUCCAGGGAAGCGGCCCCGCAGGGCUGGACAAGGACGGGGCGGCCGGCGGAGGGGCAGGCGCCGCUCAUCAGCCACGCCAGUCACGUCUGGGGCCGCCCGGUCGCCCACUGGUGUCUUGCAGGCUGGCUGUGCCACCUCACCGGGGCAAAGGGGCUGUGGCGACGCCAUGCCCCGGCAGGAGUGAGUGAGCGCGGGCGAAGAUGGCGUACAUCCAGGGCAGCUGGAACCACUGAACGAGGGCUUUCUUUCUAGAAUCUCUGAUGUGUUGCUGUGCGGAUGGACUUGUCAACACUGUUGCCAGAGGUGCUAUGAGUCCAGCUGCUGCCAGUCCAGCGAGGAUGAAGUGGAGAUCUUGGGACCUUUCCCUGCCCAGACUCCUCCAUGGCUAAUGGCAAGCCGGAGCAAUGGCAAGGAUGGUGACUCUGUCCACACAGCCAGUGAUGUUCCUCUGACGCCGAGAACCAACUCCCCCGACGGAAGACGCUCAUCCUCAGAUACAUCUAAGUCCACAUACAGCCUGACUCGGAGAAUCUCCAGUCUGGAUUCCCGGCGCCCCAGCUCCCCACUCAUUGACAUCAGACCCAUUGAGUUCGGUGUUCUCAGUGCCAAGAAGGAGCCCAUCCAGCCGUCUGUGCUGCGCCGGACCUACACCCCCGACGACUACUUUAGGAAGUUUGAGCCCCGACUUUACUCCCUUGACUCGAACCUUGAUGAUGUAGACUCUCUGACCGAUGAGGAGAUCAUGUCCAAAUACCAGCUGGGCAUGCUGCACUUCAGCACGCAGUAUGACCUGCUGCACAAUCACCUCAUGGUAAGGGUGAUCGAGGCCCGAGACCUGCCGCCCCCCAUCUCCCACGACGGCUCGCGCCAGGACAUGGCCCACUCCAACCCUUACGUCAAGAUCUGCCUCCUGCCUGACCAGAAGAACUCCAAGCAGACGGGAGUCAAACGCAAAACCCAGAAGCCUGUGUUUGAGGAACGCUACACUUUCGAGAUCCCCUUCCUAGAAGCCCAGAGGAGGACUCUGCUGCUCACUGUGCUAGAUUUUGACAAAUUCUCCCGCCACUGUGUGAUCGGGAAGGUGGCGGUGCCUUUGUGCGAGGUGGACUUGGUGAAGGGCGGCCACUGGUGGAAGGCUCUGAUCCCCAGUUCUCAGAAUGAAGUGGAGCUAGGGGAGCUGCUUCUGUCGCUAAAUUAUCUCCCAAGUGCUGGGAGACUGAACGUGGACAUCAUCCGAGCCAAGCAACUCCUGCAGACAGACGUGAGCCAAGGCUCAGACCCAUUUGUGAAAAUCCAGCUGGUACACGGACUCAAGCUUGUGAAAACCAAGAAGACAUCAUUCUUACGAGGCACAAUCGAUCCUUUUUACAAUGAAUCCUUCAGCUUCAAAGUUCCUCAGGAAGAAUUAGAAAAUGCCAGCCUAGUAUUCACAGUGUUCGGUCACAACAUGAAGAGCAGCAAUGACUUCAUCGGGAGGAUCGUCAUCGGCCAGUAUUCCUCGGGCCCCUCAGAAUCCAACCACUGGCGGCGGAUGCUCAACACCCACCGCACUGCUGUGGAGCAGUGGCACAGCCUGAGGUCCCGAGCUGAGUGUGACCGUGUGUCUCCUGCCUCCCUGGAGGUGACCUGACCACUAUAGGAAAGGCACACUCUUCAUUUGUUAAAAAAAAAAAACUAGCAAACAAUGUGUCACAUAAAUAUUCAACCCACACCUAUAUACCCUUUCCCACAUGUGCACGUGUGUACAUAGCGGCCUCUCAGCACUGA